GUAGGUAUGAGUAUGCUCUAUCCUCAUUCCAGCCAAGAACCCGAUAGCCGAGCUCUACACUGGGCAAUUAGCCGAGUUGCUGGAAGGGGCAGGACUCGCGGUCAGCUCCGCCGAUCGCCGUAGCUUAUCGGGCAUGAUAUUGUUGGAAUCGGAGACUUAUCGAACCCUCCCCGCUCUUAGCUACUCGGCAAUCGGCCUAAUCGCUGGUUCGCAUGGACUGCCGACCUUCAAUGCUGUCGUGUUGGCAACUUCAUCCUUGUUUUCCCUGCAUAUAAACACCAUUGGUUUCCCCACAGCCAUCAUGCAGAUUUUAGCCCCCUCCGACACCAUGAAGGACAUCAUUGAGAAAUACCGUCCGGAUCUGAAACCCUUUGAGGAGACCUACCGCCACCUCCACCAGUCCCCCGAACUGUCCGGCCAGGAAAAAGAGACUGCCGCCAUCGCCGCCGACCACCUCCAGAGCCUCGGCUUUGAGGUCCACACUCACAUCGGCGGCCAUGGAGUAGCCGGGGUGCUCCGCAACGGCGAGGGGCCCACGGUGCUUCUGCGCGCCGACAUGGACGCCCUUCCCGUGCAGGAGAAGACCGGGCUGCCCUACGCCAGCACGAAAACCACCAAGAACGCAGACGGGGUCACGAUGCCGGUGAUGCACGCCUGCGGCCACGACACACACGUUGCCAGCCUGAUGGCCAGCGCGCUGCUGCUGCACUCCGCCCGCGCGCACUGGGCCGGCACGCUGAUCUGCAUCUUCCAGCCAGCGGAGGAGCAGCUGGACGGAGCGCGCGCGAUGCUCGAGGACGGACUGUACGACAAGAUCCCCAAGCCGGACGUGGUGCUGGCGCAGCACGUCAUGCGCAUGAAGACAGGGACGGUCAGCGUGCGGGCGGGCCGCUUCCUGACGGCGGCCGAUGCCUUCGACGUGCGCAUCUUCGGCCGCGGCGGCCACGGCUCCGCGCCGCACACCUGCAUCGACCCCAUCGUCGCCGGCGCCGCCGUCGUCACCAAGCUGCAGAGCAUCGUCAGCCGCGAGGUCACCCCCGGCGAGAUGGCCGUCGUCACCUGCGGCAGCUUCCAGGCCGGCCACGCCCACAAUAUUAUCCCGGACUACUGCGAUCUAAAGCUCAACGUGCGCACCUACGACGCCGCUACCCGCAAGCGCAUCGUCGCCUCCAUCCACCGCAUCGUUGAGGCCGAGUGUGAGGCUGCCGGCUGCGUUGAGAAGCCCGUGGUCAAGCGCACCUACUCCACCCCUGCGACGAUCAAUGACGGGAAGCUGGUCAAGGCCCUCAAGGGCACCUUCGCGGACUACUUUGCCGACGGGCUCGUCGAGUCCGAGCCUGCCGCCGCCAGUGAGGACUUCUCGCUGCUGGCUACCGCCGUCGGCGCGCCCUAUGUGAUGUGGACGUUUGGCGGCGUGGAUCCCGACACGUGGGAUGAUGCUGUGGCUAGGGAUGUCGUGCGCGAGCUGCCCAAUAACCACUCCCCGUUCUUCGCGCCGGUGAUCCAGCCCACGCUGCGCACGGCCGUUGAUGCCAUGGCUGUGGGCGCGAUGACCUUCUUGAACAAGAAGGAAUGAGAUUAGCAUUCUCUGUGCGGGGGUGAUUGACCCCACCCCCACAAUAUCAUUAU